AUGUCUUUGCGCAAGAAUGUUCACGACACAGAUAGUUGCACCUUCAUCUACGACCAAAAGAAGGCUAUCAAGCUGAUCUUUACCAUCUCGUGGACCAACGAAGACGACGAUUUCAUCUUUCAAAAUGAGGAGGACGCCAAAUUUUGGGAGCGAGUGGUUCGCCUCUGCAGCACGGUAUCGCCUCUACAGAAGCGCAUCAAAACAGAGUUAGAGGGGAAAGCGUUUAAAGAGAUGCUUGAAAUUUCUGACAAAGAGUGGUCGGAAACCUGGUGUAAUGCUGUUGCUGCGCCCAUUCCUCAGAAUACUCCUCAGAAUGUGCCUCCUGUUAGUGGUAAUCAAGCUCCUAUUAGUACCACUACCGUUCCAGAAGAAGGAGCUAGGACAAGGAGGAGUGUUGCUCGAUUUGGCUCUCGGUUUAGUAUAAGAGUUCGAUUUCCGAAGUUUUUAAAGAAGAAAAAGAACAAGGGACAGAAUGAAGGGGUGGCGAAGGAAGAUACCCCUGCUGCUUGA